GUACGCAAAAGAAACAAACGCGCACAGACAGAAACCCAGCAGCAGAAGGCAGGCAGCGGAGAGGAGGGGAAAGAAGCAGGUGGAAGUGCUGCUAUCGUUACCUGACUCAUUCUUCUUUUCCACAGGAGGGAGAUGAUUUUUUCUCUCUCUCUCUCUCCUGCGUUUCCAAGCUGCUGCGCAGAAAUCCAACAUACACGAGGAGAAGAAGUGGGAGCGUCGACUUACUUUAACAAACGCAGAGGAGGAUAGAGCGCGUGUUUUGGGGGGGGAAAGUAACGACCGAGCAUUGUUAGGGGAAGGUGGCAUGCAGGUGCCCACACCGCAGAACGAGAUGGCCCAGUGCGGCGUCCGGUGUUAAAGCUGCUCCCCUCACCUGGACCCGAAGCGAACAUGAAGGACACGGGGGAAUCAAAGGACCAACAGCUAACUGUUGCCUUGAGGAUUCGACCCCUGAGUGAUGCUGAGCAAGAGGAGGGGGCGACCAUUGUGGCCCACAGAGUGGACGACCAGAUGGUGGUUCUGAUGGACCCUAUGGAAGAUCCAGAUGACAUCCUGCGUGCCAACCGCUCCAGGGAGAAGACUUACAUGUUUGACGUGGCAUUCGACUUCUCGGCUAGUCAGGAAGAGGUUUACCGCGCUACAACCAAAGGGCUCAUUGAAGGCCUCAUAUCAGGCUACAAUGCCACGGUGUUUGCCUAUGGACCCACAGGUUGUGGGAAGACAUACACCAUGCUAGGCACUGACAAAGAGCCAGGAAUCUACGUUCGCACACUGAAUGACUUGUUUCGUGCCAUCGAGGAGACUAGUGAUGACAUGCUGUACAGCGUCUCAAUGUCCUACCUAGAGAUCUACAAUGAGAUGAUCAGAGACCUGCUGAACCCAUCUUCAGGUUUCUUGGAUCUAAGAGAAGACUCUAAGGGUGUGAUUCAGGUUGCAGGCAUCACAGAAGUGUCGACCAUCAACGCCCAGGAGAUCAUGGAGUUGCUAAUGAAGGGCAACAAGCAGCGCACGCAGGAGCCAACGGCCGCUAAUCAGACAUCGUCUCGCUCCCACGCUGUGCUGCAGGUUGCCGUCAAGCAGCAGAGCCGUUGUCGUGACGUUUUGCAGGAGGUCCGCUUCGCUCGGCUUUUCAUGAUUGACCUCGCCGGCUCAGAAAGAGCUGCUCAGACCCAGAAUAGAGGUCAGCGAUUGAAAGAAGGAGCUCACAUCAAUCGCUCCCUCCUGGCUUUGGGCAACUGCAUUAACGCCCUGAGUGACAAAAAUGGCAACAAGUACGUCAACUAUCGAGACAGCAAGUUGACGCGCCUCCUGAAGGACUCAUUGGGUGGGAACAGCAGAACGGUGAUGAUAGCCCAUAUUAGCCCCGCCUCUACAGCUUUCGAGGAGUCUCGAAACACGCUGACGUACGCUGACCGUGCCAAAAGCAUUCGAACACGGGUGAAGAAGAACCUAAUAAAUGUGUCAUACCACAUUGCUCAGUACACAAACAUCAUCUCUGACCUCCGCUGUGAAAUCCAGCGGCUCAAAAAGAAGAUUGCGGAGCAGGCGAGCCGGCAGGUCGGCUCAGACCGAGCUGACAUCCGAAACGUCCAGGCGGAGGUCCAAGCCCACUCCAGCCAGCAGAGCAGAGCAGAGAUGGACGAGUUGAGGGAGCAGCUUCUGGAUGCUUUCCGGCAGCAGAUGAAGAUCAGGAAGAGUCUGAUCGAGCUGGAGAACAGCAACAUGGAGAUCCAGAUCGACACCUCUAAACACCUCGUCACCAUUGCAGACUGGGAGCAGGAGCAGAGUAAGCGCAGGAGAAAGUGGCGCGCAGAAAGAAGGAAGGAAAGUGUCAAUAAAGACGAAAGUGAGAAGGAUUCGGAUUCUCCAGAGUCUCCCCCAGACAGCACAGAGACCCGGGAGGUAGCAGUGGCUCGGGAAAACCUACUCACCCUCAUGGCCGAGCAGAAGAAGAUUCAAAAGCAGAAGGGUUUACUGGAGCAGAGGUUUCUGGAGCUCCGGGAUCGAGGCCGGCGCCUGGAGGAGCUCCUUCCUCGCAGGGUGAGCUCAGAGGAGCAACGCGAAGUCCUCGGCCUCCUCUGCAAGGUCCACGAGCUGGAGAUCGAGAACGCGGAGAUGCAGUCCCACGCUCUGAUCAAAGACAACGUCAUCCGGCAGAAAAACUUUGUGGUUCAGCGCUUUGAGCAGCACAGACACCUAUGUGAUGAGAUCAUUCAGCAACAGAGACAAUUCAUAGAUGAGCACAGCCUGCUUGUACCACCGCACCUCCAGGAACUAUAUGAGGCGUACAUGAGGGAGCUGGAUGAGAGGAAGCUGGAGAGAGCUGUAGCCUUGGACAAGGUGACCAACAGACAAACCAUCAAGGAAGGAUCUUUACCAAAGAUCUCUCUGCCGGGUCAAGGUCGCGAUUACACACAGGACGUAGAUUCCGACCAGGAGAGCUUACGCGACAUGUUCGCAGAGAACAGACGAGGUCAAGCUAGAAUGCGCAGACACACCUUACCCCCAAUUCUCCCUGAAGCUGAGCCGGACAGGGUGUUUAAAAGCAGUCCUCACGCCAAGCAGAUAAAGAACUCGGCUGUAAUGACCCCUCCUCCGAUACACAUAAAUGGGAAAGGCAACAGAGAGCUGCAUCCUCUGGCUCCUGAAAGCUUCACGAGCUACAGCCAUCUCAGCCACAGCAUCAGCAGCCAACUGGACUCGUCACCCGAGAGCAGCGAAGCGGGGGGUGAUAUGACCAUUUCUCGAAAUGAACGGCAGCAGAUCCUUAAAGGGGUUCAGAACAUUGUGGUAAAAGCAGCCCGUCGACGUUCCAAAGCCCUGGAGGUGGAUGUCCUCCGGUUACCUGCUGCCCCCUCUCCCCUAGACCACAAAAAGCAGAAAAGCAACCUCUCUUUAAUCGAGGGGCCCCCUAGAGGCCUACCCUUGCGGCGCGGCAGGCAGCCGAGCCCUGAACUGAGACACGCCACCUCUGAUGAUAACCUGUCCAGCAGCACAGGGGAGGGACCGGGCCUGCACGUGACCUGGACACGUCCUCGCAACCACCACGCUGCCAACAAGAACCAAACACCUCGCGAGGUGGACUUUGAGGCCCGUCGCAAGAAAAGACGCUCAAGAUCUUUUGAGGUCACUGGUCAAGCACUGCCUCAGACCAAAGCCAUCACAGCUCAGAGGUUUCGUCCUCUGGACAGCACAUCGGACCCUCAUCUUCAUGUUAACGGCCAACCCCAGGCCCCCGUGGUGCGUCCACAGUACAGAGGGGUCCCUCCUAUCGCCAAAGUCAGGCCUCACCACAGCAAUCACACACAUACAGGAACAAUUGCCGAGUCCUCCACAGCCAGCAUUAAUAACCUGAAGAGAGGACCUCAGCUCCGACAGCCCCACCCUCUUCUCUAUGUCACCACCACAGGCACCGGGGCCCAGCGCACUCGCAGACACUGAGCUCAACACCAGCACUUAAAGCUACCCCAACUGCGCCUGAAAGGCAACAGUUAGGGACUAGUGGAGAAACUAUGACAGAAAAGGACAAACAAUAAGCAGACAAAGCCUGGAUGUCUUAACACAGGUGCUGUCAUCUGCGUCCACCAUGUAUGAGGCCACACUAAGAUCCACUUACCUGAAGACACCACAGAUUUGUACAUUAACAGUGCCCAUUCUGUCCUGUGCGGUGUCUUCACUUCAGUCCGCUGCUGUGCUGAAUAUCUUGUGUUUUGGUGAAGUUGCGAAGAUGUGAAGCUCACUGUGAACGCAAGUCAGUUGUUUGUUGUGACUGU